CUUCAGAUGACAUCACGGCUUUAAAUAUUCCCGUUGCUUUUCCCCCCUCAUCACUCCUCAGCCUCAACAUAAAGCGCCUCACGGUGUCCAGCGGUGUUUCAGUAGCAUAGCUGCUCAUUACAGCAGACACCGCUGCCUCCUUGUUCGGUUUGCAGAGACUUUUGUGCUCCCAGCACCGCGUCCUCCUUUUGGGGAGAGAGAGAGAGAAAAAAGGCGUCUACUGGGGGAGAAAAAAAAGGAAAAGUGUCGGAGAAGAGGAGCGAGCUAAGUCGGGCGUGGUAACGACGAGAAAGAAAAACAAAAAUUUUUUUUUGUUUGUUAGCAAAAACUUCGCAGCAGUAAUGUCGCUGUCGGUGCCGCAGAACGGAGUAAAGGCGGACAACGAGCCCGUUAUCGAGCUGUUCGUGAAGGCGGGGAGUGAUGGAGAGAGCAUUGGAAACUGCCCCUUCUCCCAGAGGCUCUUCAUGAUCCUGUGGCUCAAAGGAGUCGUCUUCAAUGUCACCACGGUGGACCUCAAGAGGAAGCCUGCAGACCUCCAGAACCUGGCCCCGGGCACACACCCGCCCUUCAUCACCUUCAACGGCGAGGUCAAAACUGACGUCAACAAGAUCGAGGAGUUCCUCGAGGAUGUCCUCUGCCCACCCAAGUACAUCAAGCUUGGUGCUAGACAUCCAGAGUCUAACACAGCUGGUAUGGACAUCUUCGCCAAGUUUUCAGCAUACAUUAAGAACUCAAAACCAGAUGCAAAUGAGGCUCUGGAGCGUGGGCUUCUGAAGACACUGCAGAAGCUGGACGAGUAUCUUCGUUCGCCACUGCCCGAUGAGAUCGACCACAACAGCAUGGAGGACGUCAAGGUGUCCAACCGCAACUUCUUGGAUGGUGAUGAAAUGACCCUUGCUGACUGUAACCUGCUGCCCAAGCUGCAUAUAGUAAAGGUGGUGGCAAAGAAGUACAGAGGCUUUGACAUCCCCAAAGAAAUGACCGCCAUCUGGAAGUACCUGAACAACGCCUACACGCGUGAAGAGUUCACCAACACCUGCCCCAGUGACAAGGAGAUCGAGAUAGCCUACGGAGAUGUAGCUAAGAGGCUGGUCAAAUAAGCUCCUCUGCCCAGACCACCUACCUCCCUCCCUCCCUCACCCCGUAACCUCCGCCUCUACACAUCCCUUACGCCUCCUCCUCUCCUAGCACCAGGACUGAUGUGCUCAUUCACGAGAAAGAAAAAAACUCUGGACUUCUUUUCCUUCUCUCCUCAUCUUAGAGCGAACCCCAAUGCAUGAACCCUUCUCCAUCAUUUUUUUGUUUACCCCUCAACUUUUAUGAAGACCUCUUUAGUCCAUUCAGCCAAGGUCAACAUUGUACCACCUUUCAUCAUUAAUUGCUUUUGUUUUGUUUUUUCAUUUGCUGAUGAAUGUUGUGAUGGCGAGGCGUUGGAGAAGCAGCCAGACAUGUGUAUCAGUGCUUAUCAAUGCCGGGAGCCUUGUCAAACACGCUCCCUGAUAAGUGACCUUCAAGCCGACCUUCUCUCUGCGUUCAUGGGAGAGGUCACAAGCUUUUGUUAAUUUUCUGUUGUCUGUUUAAUAUUGAAAUAGCUUUUUCUAGGAACGCUAUAAAAUGAACACUGAGAAGCAUCUUUCCCCUGUCUUUUGGCUUAUUAAGAGGCAUUGUAAACAGUGUUGAAGCUUCAGUGGCUCAAGUAUUUGACAGGUUUAAGUAGAAGCUGAAGCUAAUCCAAACCUGAGUGGUUGACAUAUCAAGUGAGAGAUGCUUUAUUUUAUGUUGAGCUGUUUAAAAUAAAUCAAAAUAAUUGUAACUGCAGGUAAAGCUACCUGGUAUCCAUGCUCUGAUUUCCUCAUUGCCUCAAAUAGGCAAAAAAAAAGUCUUGUAGCUCAGCUCAGUAGAAUUGUAGAGAAUUUCCUGUACCGGCUGCAGAAACUCAGGAAAAAAUCGCACCUGAGGUCUAAAGAAAUAUUCAACUAUAUGCAGCUUACAGAUACUCAAACAUGUGUAGACUGGCCUUUUUGUUAAUCACCACAUUGCCAUAGAAAGUGUUCAUUUAGACACUGAGCAGCGCUCAAACGCUAGCAGACUCUUUCUUCUCCUAUGAAGCAUGAAGGAAAGUCUUCACUUUUGGUCAUGCUGACCGUAGCAGUAGUUUGGAUUACACGUGGCGGACCAAAAAAAGGGGCACAUUAUUCUGGUCUCACUGUGGAUAGGAUGACUCCGGCUAUGUAAACUAGUGAAGUCAAGAAAAAAGAAACCACACACUCUCACUGUUUCCUUCUCCAUGGCUUACUGGAAUGAAGGACACUAAUGUGCAGUCAGGCACCAGGAAAGGCGACACUAAAGAUAUUUAUGACACAGCAAACCGAGGAGAGUAGCAAUGAAAGGAAUACCUGGUCGAAUUUUACUUCAGUAUGUAGAUUGAUCUCUGAGGUAGUGAAUGUAUGUUAUGAUACAGUAGCUCCAAAAGUGCUUUAGUUUGCCAUUGUUUCUCUGACAUUUUGUUAUGAAACAAAUUUGAUAAAAAACAAAAAAAGGAAUUGUAAAUAUUUGUUUUGAUUACUCAGAAUUCAAUGUGUAAAUUUUAUACAUGUCAUCUGGAUUUUGAGGAGGAAAAAAAGGGCCAUUUAUUGCCUGCUUGGAUUCUGAUUCUAGAUAAACCAUCUCCUCUUUGCCUUAUUUGUUUUCUCUUUUGCAGGAAGGUGUUUUUUCUGAGAUCAUUUCAUUACAACAUGAGUGUGACGUUGUACAAAGAGAAUAUCCAAGCUUUUUUUUUUUUUUUUAACAAUAUUGACUGAAUUGAAAUAAACUUCUUAUUGGCA